AAAAAACAGGCCGACUGGAGCAAAAACAUAAAGAAAUUUCGUUAACUAACAAAUAUUAUUGUUAGGUGAAAACCAAAAAAGUGAAAUCGAAACGAAAUCAUGGCUCAUCAGUCAAAUUUGAUGCCUGAGAAGGUGAACAAAAUUUCAGUUUUACGAAAAAUGAUCGGUUUAGAUAAAAAAAAGCCAGCUAAAGACUACGUAGUACCAAACAAUUCGGCCUUUAAUUUGCAACAAAAAAGCGGCACUGCCGAUCCUCCAAUUUCGCAGGUUUUAGAGAAUACAACAAGCAACGGCAACAACAUGAACAACAGCAGCAACAGCAAGUGUCCCCAUUGCGAAAAUAUGGCCAAGAAUUUUCUGUAUCUGGAGAGCCUGAUACGUAAUAACAGCGAUAAGGGUGAACAAAAAUGCAUGUUAUGUGCCUCUUCGCUAAAAUAUCUACAGUAUGUCAAUCGGAAUAUCAUGCAAGUGUUUGGCAACACUGACUCAAUUGUUAAGGCAGCUCGCUCAUUCUCCAAGCAACCGCCGCCAGCUCUCAAGUAUUCAGUGGCCACGCCGCAACAGCAGCAGCCGCAGCCGCAGCAGCAGAUGUCACAGAAACAAUUGGUUCAGCGUGCCAAGGGCGGUGCCGUGAUCACCAAACAGAAAUCGGCUAAAAAUCUCAAACCGAAGACAGCGACAACAACAAAGACAAAGACGAAGACAACGACGACGACGGCGAAAUCAGUUGUGAAGUCUCUCAAAUCCAACAGGUCCAGCAAGUCCCUCAAGUCCCUCAAAUCGGUUAAAUCGGCAAAAUCAUCAAAGAGCUUACACAAAACGAAAGGUAAAUCCAACACACUGAAUUCGGCUGGGUCCAAGAACAAGUUCGGUCAUGGCAAAAUGCAACUGAAGCGCAAGUUUCGUGUGCCCAAGCAAAUUAGCCAUGCUAAAAUGACACGCAGCGCCAGUCAGUAUCAUAGUCUGGGGAUCAUACGUUCCAAGUUGGCCAACAAGGCCAAAAAGCAAAAGCAAUUGGCCACCAAGAAGCGUAACAACGAUGCACAGCCCACAAGCAUCAAUUGGAAAUUGUUGAAGAGGAAUUUACCCAAACGUUUCAAAAUGCCGCUGGCAACCAAAUAGAGUGAAAGGGAAGGAUGGCUCAAAUGUGUUACACGGACUAGAAUCAUCGUUAUACGUUGGAUAGAAGAAACACAAACAAAUUCACCCACUCACUCACUCACUCACUCACCAUCAUCUCCAUCACCAUCAACAUCACCAUCACUUGCCUGACUACACCUGCCUUCAAAAUUCUUAGUAAAAUGCUGCUAAAAAAUCAAAAUAAAAUCUAAAUCAAAUGACAUCUUCA